UUCUUCCAUCUUAUUUAGUUAUUUUCUUCAACUAACAAUCCGGGAGAGUAAAGAAAUCAGGUGGUGGGAAUGGGAAGCUUCCGCAGACAAACAGUUGGGUUUGAUUUGAAUUUCUUGGGAUAAGUGAGGUCAAUUGGGUCAGGCUGUGACAUCUUUUUACAUCUAAGAGCCCCACUCUAGCUGUGUGGCUGGAGCCUGUCCUCGCUUCUAUGGAAAAGAGGAAAAGAAUGCUCGAGUAUUUUUAGGUAGAGUUGAACAUUCUUAAGAACAAAAGCAUAUAUCUGUUUGAACUGUGGUUGAGAUUGGGUGAUUUUGAGACUAACUUCAACAAUCAUGGAUGCCUCCCACCUCAUUCAUAUUCUCCUGGGCAUUGAACAUUCUUAAGAACAAAAGCAUAUAUCUGUUUGAACUGUGGUUGAGAUUGGGUGAUUUUGAGACUAACUUCAACAAUCAUGGAUGCCUCCCACCUCAUUCAUAUUCUCCUGGGCAUUGCUCUGUUUGGAUUGUGCACCAUAGCACCGAGCCGCAGUUUCCCAAUCAGAGAAGCAACUGUUGAUGAUCUCCAAGUUGCUUUUAAGCAAAACAAGCUCACCUCAAAGCAGCUUGUUGAGUUCUACCUCAGGGAAAUUCGCAGGCUCAACCCGGUGCUGCGAGGGGUGAUAGAGGUGAACCCCAAUGCGCUUGACCUGGCAGAUAAGGCUGAUAGAGAGCGAAAGCUGGCCAAAUCACCAACUGGGUCACUGUCCAAGUUGCAUGGGAUCCCAAUUCUUGUCAAGGAUAACAUUGCAACCAAGGAUAAGCUUAACACGACGGCUGGAUCAUAUGCACUGCUUGGAUCGACAGUGCCUCGGGAUGCUGGUGUGGUGCAGAAGUUAAGGAAAGCCGGAGCAAUUAUACUGGGAAAGGCUAGCUUGAGUGAGUGGUCUUAUUUCAGAUCAACCCAAGCACCCAAUGGUUGGAGCGCCAGAGGUGGCCAAGUUGUGAAUCCAUAUGCGCCACGAUCAGAUCCAUGUGGAUCAAGCACCGGAUCAGCAGUAUCAGUAGCAGCAAACAUGGCUGCAGUAUCACUAGGUACAGAGACAGCAGGAUCCAUCCUGUGUCCUUCAAGUAACAACUCUGUUGUUGGGAUCAAACCCACCGUAGGACUAACGAGCCGGGCAGGGGUCAUCCCAAUUUCACCAAGACAGGACACUGUUGGGCCUAUCUGCAGGACGGUAUCAGAUGCUGUACAUGUUCUUGAUGCAAUAGUGGGUUUUGAUCACAACGAUGGGGUAGCGACAAGAAUAGCAGCGAAGUAUAUCCCACCCGGUGGCUAUGCUCAAUUCCUCAAGGUUGACGGGCUCAGGGGAAAGAGGCUGGGGAUAACAGCUUAUCCUUUCUUCGGGUUUCCCAAGGACACAAGCCCCUCCCUCUCCCAAGCUUUUAAGCGCCAUUUCCUCACGCUAAGGCAAAAAGGAGCAAUUUUAGUGGAUCACCUGGAAAUAGAUAACUAUAAUUCCAUCAUUUAUGCCUUGAGGGUUGACCAAUUUAUGGUGUUGGAGGCUGAAUUCAAGCUGUCUAUGAAUGCUUAUCUAAAGCAGCUAGUCACUUCUCCAGUGCAUUCCUUAGCAGACCUGAUAGCCUUCAACAAGAGAUUUCCACGCUUGGAAAAGCUCAAGGAAUAUGGGCAGAACUUGUUUUUGGGUGCUCAGAAAAUGGAUGGGCUGGGCAGCGAGUUCGUGAUGAAGGCAUUAUUGAACUUAACAAGGGCAAACAAAGAUGGAUUCGAAAAGCUGAUGAAGAAGAACAACCUGGAUGCACUGGUGACUCCCCUUUAUGAUGCUGCAUACGUUCUUGCGAUCGGGGGAUUCCCGGGAAUCAGCGUUCCUGCUGGGUAUGACACGGACGGGGUUCCAUUUGGCAUUUGCUUUGCUGGGUUGAAGGGAUCAGAACCGAAGCUCAUCGAGAUUGCUUAUGGCUUUGAACAGGCCACCAGAAUAAGGAAGCCUCCUUCAAUUACCUUCAUCUGAUCAGGAAAAUAUAACAAAAGCAGCCACAUUUAGAGCUGGCAGUCUGUUUUUUUUUUUUUUUUAAUCUUUAGAACAAUGAACUUGUUGGAAAAUAAAUGCAUGGAUCUUAUAAGUACCUGCUGCUGAUCAAGACGAGUAAGAAGAGUCUAUUGGUGAAAUAGAAUUGGUUCCUUCUUUUAAA